AAAAUAUCCAAACCAAAAAGGCGCACACAACACAAGUGAAGAAAAAUAAUAAUGGAUAGAGAAUGGGGUUCGAAGCCGGGCAGCGGUGGCGCCGCCUCUGCACAGAACGAGGCAAUAGACCGGAGGGAGCGUCUCCGGCGACUCGCUCUCGAGACGAUCGAUCUCGCUAAAGAUCCAUAUUUCAUGCGAAACCACCUCGGCAGUUAUGAAUGUAAGCUGUGUCUGACAUUGCACAACAAUGAAGGGAAUUAUCUGGCGCAUACGCAAGGGAAGCGUCAUCAAACUAAUUUGGCUAAGAGAGCGGCUCGUGAGGCGAAAGAAUCUCCUGCGCUUCCUCAACCUAAUAAGCGCAAAGUUAACAUUCGCAGGACUGUUAAAAUUGGCAGACCUGGUUACCGUGUAACAAAGCAAUUUGAUCAUGAUACAAAGCAGAGGUCUCUUCUCUUUCAGAUUGAAUAUCCUGAGAUAGAAGACAAUACAAAGCCAAGACAUCGAUUUAUGUCAUCUUUUGAGCAGAGAAUUCAACCGUAUGACAAGAGAUACCAGUAUCUUUUAUUUGCAGCAGAUCCUUAUGAGAUCAUUUCUUUCAAGGUACCUAGCACAGAAAUUGAUAAAUCCACUCCAAAGUUCUUCUCUCAUUGGGAUCCAGACUCAAAGAUGUUCACGUUGCAAUUGUAUUUCAAAUGCAAGCCACCGGAGACCAACAAACCUCAAUCUGCCCCUGCACAGAAUGGGACUUCAGCUCCUGGUGUCCCACCAAGGUCUUUGCCACCACCUCCGCAAGCACCGCCACCUCCACCACCUCCACCACAAGGACUAGCACCAGGAUCUAGACCGCCGCCACCACCACAAGGAUUACCACCGGGGUCACUGCCACCUCCUCCUCCCCCCAUGGCUAAUGGACCUAGACCAAUGCCGCCAGGUGGAGCUCCACCUGCCCCACCGCCACCUUCUGCUGGAAGUAGUACGAUGGCUAAUUUCACUCCUGGUGCUCAGGUGGGCAGGCCUCCAAUGCCUCCACAAGUGUUUGCUGGCCAACAGAUGUAGAACCAAACUGUUAUUUCCAAUCCUCCUUUUAGUAUGGAAUAGCUCUCAUGCCCUUGUGGAUGUUUUGCGAGAUCACUAUGAACAUUUUCGUGUAUUAGCAGCUGCCGAUGGAUGGAUGAAUUUUGUAUUACUAAAUGCAUCAGUUGGGCAACUGAUGUUUUCCAAUUUUUUAAAGAUUAUGCCCCAGUUAACCUUCAUCUUAUUCUUAGAAACAUCUGAAUCUGUGUUCUGUA